CUUCCGGCCCGGAGUGUUGACGCAAUCAGAUGUUAGUUUAAGAGUUCAGAAGCAGCUGCGGCUUUAAUUUCACCCCACAGACGCGUUCAUGAGAAGCAUAAGGUUGUAUAUUAGUUAAAGUUGUCGUGUUGAAAGCAUCAUGGCCAGCGCAGCUGCCAGCGAGAGUUCUUCUGCAGCUAAUGGACAGACGUCAGGAGAAAACGGCAGCACGCAGGACAGCACGUUUGAAUGCAACAUCUGUCUGGACACAUCCAAAGACGCAGUCAUCAGUUUGUGUGGUCAUCUCUUCUGUUGGCCGUGCUUGCAUCAAUGGUUAGAAACAAGGCCGAACAGACAGGUGUGUCCUGUUUGUAAGGCAGGCAUCAGUCGGGAUAAAGUGAUCCCGCUGUAUGGAAGAGGCAGUACAAGUCAGCAAGACCCAAGAGAGAGAACUCCUCCACGACCACAAGGACAACGGCCAGAACCGGAGAAUCGUGGCGGAUUUCAGGGAUUUGGCUUUGGAGAUGGAGGAUUCCAGAUGUCUUUUGGCAUUGGGGCUUUUCCCUUUGGGAUCUUUGCCACAGCAUUUAACAUCAAUGAUGGGAGACCACCACCAGCAGCCCCAGGCACCCCUCAGCAAAUGGAUGAGCAGUUCCUGUCCCGCCUCUUCCUGUUCGUGGCGCUCCUCAUCAUGUUCUGGCUGCUCAUCGCUUAAACGAUUAUGAACUUAUCUUAUCAGGACACAUUAAUUAUUUCUCUCAGCGGAAUAACAGCUAAAGAGCCGCUAAUAAUAAACCUACAGAGAUCACAAUAGUCCCAUCAGGUUUCAGUAGAACAAAUUUAUUUUGAUCUGUUUGAGAGCCCUGAUGCGACGCUGAUUAAUUUGAAAAAAGGAACGUGUUAACCCAUCUGGGGUCUUUUUCUAUGAAAGAGAUGCAAUGCUUGCAUUGUGAUUGCAUGUCUGUGAUACUGUGAAAUGUGAUUUUAUGCAAACAAAAUUUUUCUGCUUAUGUCCAAUUUUCUUCCCAGAUGAUUUUAAAUAAAGGGUCUUAUUUCUUUUAAGAUUAAA